GUUAAAAAAAAAAUAAGAAUAAGAUCAUCGUUUUUAGUGAUGGCAGAAGGUGCAAUUCAGCCCCUGUACCUGCAAUGUUGUGGCAAUUCAGCCCCUGUACAAGAAACACUGGCAAAUCAGCCCUUCUACUACAUGAAAUCCGCAAAUCACCCCUUCUGUACAGGGGCUGAAUUGCACCUUCUGCCUUUAGUGAUUGUUACAAACAAGGAAUGAGUCAAUUUUGGACGUUUGGAUUCACGAAAAGGAAUGCUACAGGAAAAUCAAUCAUGGUGAGGAUUGGUUGGGGAUUUCAAUAUAAAUACUAGUCAAUGUU